AUGACGAUGGAAAACGUAACGAGUAAAAUGGACGAAAUGCAAUUGAAAGAAAAUGUUUAUCAACCUGGAAAGAAAAUGGUUCGUCGUGAUCAUUUAAUUGACAUGGAGCAUGAAAUAAUUGCGAAAUGGGAUGCCGUCAAACUCUUUGAAUCAAAUCCUGACUCUAGUAAACCCAAAUACAUGGCUACAUUUCCAUAUCCGUACAUGAAUGGCUACUUACACGUCGGCCAUUUGUUUACGUUGAUGAAAGUGGAAUUUGCAACACGUUAUCAUCGUCUCAAGGGUGAAAAUGUCAUUUUUCCCUUUAGUUUUCAUUGUACUGGAAUGCCGAUCCAAGCUGCUGCUAAUAAACUCAAACGUGAGCUUGAGAUAUACGGGAAUCCGCCCAAGUUUGUACGUGAUGAAGAUGAAGAGCCGAAAACGGUUGCAAAAAGUGCUGAAAGUUCAUUGAACAAAGCUCAUGGUAAAAAAUCCAAAGCGGCUGCUAAAACGGGUGGAGUCAUGCAUCAAUACGAUAUUCUCAAGAUUUCAAAUAUUCCCGAGGAAGAGAUUUCUAAAUUUCAUGAACCUCUUUACUGGCUUCAAUACUUUCCACCUCAUGCCAUUGCUGACCUUAAACGCUUUGGCAUGAACAUUGAUUGGCGUCGCUCGUUCAUCACAACGGACAUUAAUCCUUUCUAUGACGCCUUUGUCACGUGGCAGCUCAAUAAACUCAAUGAAAAUGGUCGCAUUGUACGUGGUAAACGUCCUAAUGUCUACUCGAUCUUGGACGGACAGAGCUGUGCCGACCACGACCGUGCUUCGGGUGAAGGCGUCGGUCCUCAGGAAUACAUGCUUGCCAAGCUGCGAGUACAGGAGCCGUUGCCGGAGAAAUUGUCUGUGCUUGCAGGAAAGAAGGUGUACCUUGCUGCUGCUACGCUGCGUCCUGAGACGCUGUAUGGACAAACUAACUGUUUUGUACUGCCUGAGGGAAAUUAUGGCGCUUUCCUUAUGAACGACGACAAUGAUGUGUACGUGAUGAGUCGCCGAGCGGCACGUAAUCUGGCUCACCAGGAGUACUCGCGUGUUUGGGGUAAGGAGGAGUGUCUGCUCGAGAUGAAGGGCUGGGACCUGCUAGGUCUGCCGCUGACGGCGCCUAAAGCGCCUUACGAUACAAUCUACACGUUGCCGCUGCUUACCAUCUCGAUGGGUAAGGGUACGGGAGUGGUCAUGAGUGUACCGUCCGACUCGCCGGAUGACUUCGCCGCGUUCCGUGACCUGAAGCAAAAGCCUGCUUUGCGGGAGAAGUACGGCAUUGAAAACCACAUGGUAUUGCCGUUUGAGCCUGUGCCCAUUAUCAAUAUCCCAGGCUUCGGUAACAUGGCCGCUGAGAAGGUUUGCAAUGACCUUAAGAUCGUGUCGCAGAACGACAAGGACAAGCUGGCCAAGGCCAAGGAGCUUGUGUACCUGAAGGGUUACUACGAGGGUAUCCUCAUGGUAGGCUCGCAGAAGGGUGAGAAGGUGUGCGACGCUAAGGCCAUCUUGCGCCAGGAAUUGCUUGACGCUGGCGACGGUAUUCUGUACUGGGAGCCGGAGUCUCUCGUGAUGUCGCGGAGUGGUGACGAAUGCGUGGUUGCUCACCUAGACCAGUGGUAUUUGACCUACGGCGCUGAAGAUUGGAAGAAGCGCGUCAUGGACCACAUUAGCGAUCCGGAGUCUUUUGAUGCAUACAACCCGGUGGCACUUGGUGAAUACAAGUCCACCCUUGGAUGGCUGAAGGAGUGGGCACCGUGCCGUCAGUCCGGCCUGGGGACGCGUCUUCCGUGGGACCCCGAGUUUGUGGUGGAGUCGUUGACGGACUCGACCAUUUACAUGGCAUACUACACCAUCGCGCACCACCUGCAGGCUAACCUCGAUGGCUCGAAGCUAGGCCCACAUGGCAUAAAGCCCGAGCAGAUGACUAAGGAAGUAUUUGAUUACAUCUUCUUGAAGGCCUCGCCACCUACGGAGUCCACGAUCCCGCUGGAUGUACUGAAGCAGAUCCGCGAUGAAUUUGAGUAUUGGUACCCUGUUGAUGUUCGCGCGUCUGGUAAGGAUCUGAUUCGCAACCACUUGACAAUGUGCCUGUACAAUCACGUCGAAAUCUGGCGUGAUGACCCGUCCAAGUGGCCGCGUGGCUUCUUUACGAAUGGUCACGUGCAGGUGGACGGUAAGAAGAUGUCCAAGUCCAUGGGUAACUUUCUUACGCUUAAGGACUGCGCCGCUGAGUUCGGUGCUGAUGCCACUCGUUUUGCUUGCGCCGAUGCUGGCGAUGGUAUGGACGAUGCUAACUACGCCCUGGACACGUGCCGCAUGGCAAUUCUGCGACUCACUACUGAGGAGGAGUGGAUUAAGCGCAUUGUCGAGGACAAGGCGUCGCUACGCACUGGCGAGCUUAACCUUAACGACAAAGUGUUCUUGAACCAGAUGAACAGCCUGAUCAGUACGACGGCGUCGUUUUAUGAGCGUCUUCAGUGGCGCGAGGGUCUUCACUCGGGCUUCUUCGAAUACCAGAUCGCUCGCGACUCGUACCGUGAUAUCUGUGUCCGUGGCGAAGUGCCGAUGCACCAUGACGUAAUUAUGCGUUUUAUCGAGUCUCAACUCGUCAUGUUUUCGCCCAUCUGUCCGCAUUUCUGUGAGUACAUGUGGACUGCUAUUGGCAAGGAAGGCUUCGUGUCAGUGGCUCCUUGGCCCGUAACCGAGGAGGUCGACCUCGCGCUUUUGCGCGCAGGUGAUUUCCUGAACAAGAUUGCCCGUAGUUUCCGCGAGGCGCUUGCGAAAAAGAGCAGCAACAAGAAGAAAGGCAAGAAGGAAGCUGUCCCGACCGAACCAGCUAAGAAGCCUACACACGCGCAAGUGUACCUGAGUACGGCGUUUCCGGAGUGGCAGCAGAAGGUGCUACUGUUCAUGGACGGCGUGUUUGAUGACGCAACGAAGGAGUUCCCUGCCGACUUUAUGAAGCAGCUCAAGGGUGAAAUCACCAAGGACGAUUCGCUGAAGAAGCUUACGAAGAACGUGAUGCAAUUCGCUGCGUUUGUGAAAGCGGAGGCUGAGCUGCGCGGCCGCGAGGCGCUGGAACUGAGGAUGCCGUACGACCAAAAGAGCGUGCUUGCCUCUAACAAGCUGUACCUUUGCCGGUCGCUGGACCUCCAGGACAUUGACUUUUACUACGUGAGCGAGGAGAUCCCGAACGGAGAUGCCAAGAAGAUGGAGACGGCGUCCCCGGGCAAGCCUGCAAUCUACGCCUAUGCUCAGUAA